GUAGUUGAUAUUCUCACCCGCUGUGGGCCAUGAAAAAAGUUUCGUUUGAAAACAUGGAAGAUUACGUGCUCUAUACUUUCUGUUAUCUAUGCAUACAUGCUCCUUGAUUUGUUUAUUUUUCUGACAUUCCAACGGCUGAAUUUAUAUAAUUAUUGUGGUGUAUAAUUUUGUCAUUAAUAUGUUGAAGACGUUCCAUGGGGCUAUUAAACAUACUGGAUGGAGAUGUUUUUCCCUGGCUUCCCUUCCAGAAACACAUGCUAUGCUAAAAAAGACCUGCAGAGAUUUUGCAGAAGCCAAUCUUAAACCUAUUGCUGCAAAACUUGAUAAGGAACAUCUUUUUCCACGUGAACAGAUAAAAGAGAUGGGUGCACUAGGUUUAAUGGGAGUGAAUGGGUCCCCUGAAUAUGGCGGUGCCGGACUAGAUGCGCUGGCAUUUUCUGUGGCGGUUGAAGAGAUUGCUUGGGGCUGCGGCGGCACAGGAACCAUAGUGAGUGUCCAUAAUGCUCUGUACGUGAAUGUACUAGAGAAGUUUGGCACCAAACAACAGAAGGAAAUAUUUUUACCUGGAUAUUUAGAUGGCAGCAAGAUAGGUUGUUUUGCCCUGAGCGAACCAGGUAGUGGUAGUGAUGCUGGUUCAUUGCUAGCAACAGCUAACUUAGAUGGAGAUGUAUGGAUUCUUAAUGGCACCAAAGCGUGGGUAACAAGUGGAUGUGAAUCUUCAGCUGCUAUUGUCUUUGCCAAUAUUGACAGGAAGAAAAAACAUAAAGGCAUUACCGCCUUUCUUGUGCCCAUGCCUAGUGAAGGUUUGUCUCUUGGGAAGAAAGAAGAAAAAAUGGGGAUCCGUGCAUCAUCGACUUGCAAUUUGAUUUUGGAAGAUGUGAAGGUGCCAAAAAAUAAUGUUUUGGGAAAUAUUGGAGAAGGAUUUAAACUUGCAAUGACAGUAUUAGAUGGUGCUCGUAUUGGGAUUUCAUCACAAGCAUUGGGUAUUGCUCAAGCAGCUCUUGAUUGUGCUGUAGACUAUGCUGGGAAAAGGAUAGCUUUUGGUGUACCGAUUAUCAAAAUGCAGUCUGUUCAGCAAAGAAUAGCCGACAUAGCAUGCAGGCUUGAAUCAGCACGACUUCUUACAUGGAGAGCUGCGGCCCUGCAAGACAGUGGAGUAAGAUUUACAAAGGCAUCAUCUAUGGCAAAACUAGCUGCUUCAGAAGCAGCAACCUUUGCAGCCCACAGCUGUAUUCAGAUUCUGGGAGGAAUGGGAUACGUGACAGACAUGCCUGCUGAAAGACAUUAUCGAGAUGCUAGGAUCACAGAAGUGUAUGCAGGCAUUACUGACAUUCAGAAACUUGUCAUAGCUGACCUCGUCGCUAAGGAGUAUGGUAUUGAUACUAGAUAAAAUAUUAAAAUUUACUGGAAAUAAAUAUUGCUGCUGGUUUCAAAACAAUAGAUUGGGAGCAGACAGAUCUGCAAUCUACAAAGCAAAACUUGUUCUCAUUUAUUUUGUUGAUUAUACAUGAUUUAAUUUUAUUUAUGUAACAUGGCAUGAAUAAGUUCUAAGAGAUAAAUGUGAAUGACCCACAAUUUUAUAUAAAAUGUUUGAAAAAAUUAUCAUUUACUGAAUAAGUUAACCUACUUUUGUGUGCACUUACCAAUUUAUAACAAUAAUUUUUCUGAUGAAUUUAUUUUACAUAAACUGAUAACCAUCUUAAAUAUUACUAUUUAGUUAUACACAUCCAUACGCCAUUGUACAUACAAAAUUUGUUAAUCUAUAAUGCAAAUAAAAAGUUUUAUCCUUUUUACU